UGUAAGGAAGUCACAGCAAAUGAAGUUCUUGACUUUGGAUGAGCAGCAAAUCAACUCCAUGAAGGAUAAGAGUACUCUGCUCAACAAAGAGGGGGACGCCACGGACGUCGACGUCUCUCUAGCAAGCGUGGUCGCUAAAGGGGCGGACGAUAGGGGGAGAUCACUUGAGGAGAAGAUGUUGACGGUUCUGAACACGGUUCAGGAGCAUGUUUUGGAGGACAGGGGGGUGACGAAAACUAUUCUGAAGACUCACAAUGACCAGUUACGGACCAUUACCGACCUACUGGCAGAUCAUGGUAAGGCCAUUCAGUCAUUGAUAUCCCUUGUUAAUACGAGGGGGUAUGACCAACUUGGGGAGGAAAACUCCAAAGCACCGGUCGCUGCCUCUAUCAGGACUGGUAAAAGAAAUCCAGGUAAUGUCAACAAAAAAGUAAAAGAUGUACCGGAAAAGAAAUCCUCCAAGGGCCGAAAGUUCCAUACUCAAAGGACGCGCUCGAACGAGAAGUUGGCUUCCUCAACCGCAAGGAAUCCUCGACGCUGUACCGUUAACCGUGAGGAAGCACCCAGUGAAGCAGCAACAGGAAAGACGAAGGCCAUGUCAAUGAAGAGGAAGCUUACGUUUGAGAAUCUGGAUUCCACAUCAUCAGCUGGAUCUGAGUUGAAGCAAACUGAGCCGGGGACUCCUUUCACCUACCACACUCACCAUGGUCACCACGGCGCUGAAGACAUGCCUCGGUGCCUCAACCUAUCCUUUCGACCACCACAAGGAAUGCACUUCGUCGGGAAGGAACUCGCCGUUGCAGCAUACAUAUUCUCGUCGGACCUGGACAACAGGGAGGUCCUUGUACAUGAUGAAAACUCCCGUGGAGACCGGGAUGCACUGCUGACACUCCGGCCGGGGCAUAUGAUCGUCGACGAUGUUAUAAACCUUGCUUGCACUAUGUUAACGCAUGAAAAUAGGAAGGAGUCCUGUUAUCUUCCGACGACCUUUUCUCAAGUUGCUCUUAGCCCGGUAAACCACAACAUCGACACCUUCGAGUUUAUCCGCAAUAGGUUCAUGGGAUAUGCAGAUGACUUGUGGAUGAUAUAUGUACCCAUGCACAGAGACAACCAUUGGUUUUUAAUGGUGGUAGACCUUGUCAACUGUAAGUUGCUUUAUCUCGACUCCGCCAAGGACAGCGACCGCCGGGAUGCAAGGGUCUCACAGAUGAAGUUCGUGGCCUUCUUUCUGGAAAACAUGCUAGAGGACAAGAGAUUUUGGAAGAAUGAAGAACAUUUCAAACCACACCCAUCAACUUUUGAUGUUUCGGAGCCCCCAAUAGGCCAGCAACCUGAAGGAUCGAAUGACUGUGGGAUUUGGGUUUGCCAAUGGAUGAUGUUGAAUUGGGUGUGGGGAAACGUUGAAUUGGAGGAUGUCAACGAUCACACAAGAAUGAGGCUUGCACUAGACUUGGUGAUGGGACCUUAUAAUCCCAUUGCUCAUGACGUAGGUCGCAGAGCAGUUCGUCACUGGGAUAUUCAAAUGCAACGGUCCGCUAAGAAGGAAAAAAAGGGGCGAAAGAAAAUUUCUAUGGCAGUAGAUUCUCCUAGCCAGAGCAUCACAAUUUGACAUGUCCUAUAACUACUAGUUGUAUUUCAAUUCCUAAGUCUCAUGCUCUACAUCUAUGGAACUUUAAGUAUUUUGACAGCGUAUUAGGGAACCUAAUAUCAAACUAGUAUGUGAUAUUAGGCACCAUAAUAUGCUUAUUUUGUAAAAACAGUAUGAGGAAUAUAUUUUGAUGUAGCUCUAAGAAUGUUUUGGUUGAAACAACCUAGAACUAUUGGAAUGUACAGUUCAACGUAAAUGUUCCUCUUGUGACGGA